CACACGAAAACGCGCCCGCUGGUGGCCUUACCAUGCGACGCCUUCCCUCCCCUUCUACUUUCUUCGAUAUCUCUCUUCCCUCUAAUCUCCUUUUCAAACGCAAUUUCUAGGGUUUCGGCGCGCUGCAUUGCGGGAUCCUAGGGUUCUGGUCGGCCUCCGAGAUGCUUCUCACAAGAACGGAUUAUGGCCUAAAUGCUCACACCUUCUCGCCGGAGGGAAGGAUGUUUCAGAUCGAAUACGCCAUCGAGGCGAUCAAGUUGGGGUCGACUGCGAUCGGUUUGAAGACAAAGGAGGGUGUCGUUCUCGCUAUUGAGAAGCGUGUCAGUUCUCCUCUUCUGGAACCAGGCAGUGUAGAAAAGAUCAUGGAGAUUGAUGAACACAUAGGUUGUGCUAUCAGUGGAGUAAUGGCUGAUGCUCGCGCUCUUGUUGAACAUGCACGUGUUGAAACCCAGAAUCACAGGUUCUCAUAUGGCGAGCCAAUGUCAGUUGAUUCUACUACACAAGCUCUCUGUGAUCUUGCCCUUAGGUUUGGUGAAGGCAAGGAAGGAUCUAUGUCACGUCCUUUUGGGGUGGCUCUCCUAAUUGCUGGACAUGAUGAGAAUGGGCCUAGCUUAUACUACACAGACCCAUCCAGCGCAUUUUGGCAGUGCAAUGCAAAGCAAUAGAUCUGGUUCGAAAGAAGGGACGCUGCCUUGCAAGAGCAGUAUAUAACAAG